AUGUCCUCCUCGACCGCAGGACAAAUUCCUGGGGCUGUCAAACUGUCCUAUGAUUUGCACUCUCCAGCCAAGCCGGUGACAAACCAGCAUGUCCAGCCGAUCAUCUUUCUGCACGGUCUCUUCGGCUCUAAGAAGAACAACCGGAGCAUAAGCAGGGCUCUCGCGCGUGAUCUAGGCCGGUACGUCUAUGCGCCGGAUGCUCGGAAUCAUGGUGACUCUCCUCAUAAUCCACGCCAUGACUACAAUGCCAUGGCCGACGAUCUGGAGAACUUUAUCCAUGAGCACAAGCUUAAGGAUGUCACCCUCAUUGGACACUCCAUGGGUGCCAAGACAGCCAUGACUUUGGCUCUGCGCCGGCCUGAGCUAUUACGCGACGUUAUCCCCGUCGACAAUGCUCCAAUUGAUGCCGGCUUGGUGAGCUAUUUUGGCACUUACACCCGUGCCAUGAAGGAGAUCGAUCGUGCCGGUGUAUCGCGUCACUCCGAUGCCGACAAGAUCCUGGAAGCAUACGAGCCAUCGCUGCCGGUGCGGCAGUUUCUUCUGGGAAAUCUGCAUCGGGUGCACGUCAAUGGUCACAAUGUGCUGCGCUUCCGCGUCCCAAUUGACAUUCUGGGGAAGGCCCUCGACAACAUGGGCGACUUUCCGUUCCAGGAUCCGCAGACAGCGCGCUUUGAGAAGCCCGCGCUAUUUGUCCGCGGGUCACACAGCAAGUACGUGCCUGAUGAGGUGCUGCCAGUCAUCGGCCAGUUUUUUCCGCUGUUUCAGCUCGUCGACGUGGACGCGGGCCACUGGCUGAUCUCGGAGCAGCCAGAGCAGUUCCGGCAAGCCGUUGUCCAAUUCCUUGCACCCAAAGAUUGA